CUCCCUUCAAAACUUUCGUCUACACUUUGUAGUUUUUAUUAUUGUUGUUGUAUAAUUUAAUUUAUGUUGAAUUUCUAUUACUUGUUCAAUGCCUUUUACUGGGUCGUUUUCAUGUAUGAAUUAGAUUUUCCUCUUUUGAAUAACUCGGUCUAGGGUUUUAGGUUAGAAAAAGGUGGGCAAUAAUUUAGAAUUUUGCAAGAAAAAUCAAUUUUUGAGCUAUUUAUGAUUGUACCCAGAAAUUGCCCAUUUGCCUAGGAAGAUUCCCAUGAUGAAUUUUUAUCAAUUACUCUGAAUUUUUUGUUGAAUUUUUUUUUUCUAAAAGUUUCUGGGGAAAAGGGGUUAGUGAGAUGUUAGGUGCUGGGGAUGAAGAGAGGCAAGCUAGUGCUAGGAGAACAUAUCUUAGGUCAGUUUCAUGGUCUGACAGGUCACCUAAUAAGCCUGACCCUUGUUACCCCAGAGCUCAACCGAGCAACAAGGCUCGAUCUUGCUUGCCGCCUCUCCAACCCCUUUCGAUUUUGAGGCGAAAUGUAGAGGAAUGGCCUAAGGCAGGGUCGGAUGAUUUGGGAUUUUGGCCUCAGCCCAGUACUCCUGGUGGAAGAAUCGGAAGUGGGUUGGAUGGAAAUUUGAGUGGGAACUCAAAAAUAGAUGCGCCCGGUAGAGAGUUUGAGUCCAAUAAAGAUAGGCUUGCAUUUUAUGAGAAGGAAUGCUCGAGGAUUGUGGAACAUAUAUACUUGGGAAGUGAAGCUGUGGCGAAGAACCGUGAGGUUUUGAGGCAAAAUGGGAUAACCCAUGUGCUCAAUUGUGUUGGGUUCAUUUGCCCAGAGUUCUUUAAGGGCGACCUUGUGUACAAGACACUUUGGUUGCAGGACAGGCCAUCAGAGGAUAUUACGAGUAUCCUCUAUGAUGUGUUUGAUUAUUUUGAGGAAGUUAGGGAGCAAAGUGGGCGGGUUUUGGUCCAUUGUUGCCAAGGGGUGUCUCGAUCUAGUUCCCUAGUCAUCGCAUACCUUAUGUGGAAAGAAGGGCAAAGCUUUGAGGAUGCAUUCCAAUAUGUGAAAGCAGCUCGAGGAGUGACUAAUCCUAACAUGGGGUUUGCUUGUCAGCUUCUUCAAUGUCAGAAGAGAGUUCAUGCCAUGCCCAUUAGUCCUAAUUCUAUGUUGAGAAUGUACAGGAUGGCUCCACAUUCCCCAUAUGAUCCACUUCAUCUUGUACCAAAAAUGGUGCACCAUCCUAGUAAACUUGCCAUAGACUCUCGUGGGGCUUUUAUUGUCCAUGUCCCUUCAGCCAUAUAUAUCUGGAUCGGGAAGUUUUGUAGUUCAGCGAUGUCGAAUAAUGCUAGGGUGGCUGCUCAGCAGGUCAUAAAAUAUGAAAGGGCACAAGGACCUAUGUUGACUGUUAAGGAGGGUGAAGAGCCAUCUGAAUUUUGGGACACUCUUUCCAGUGGAGAAAUCCUGAAAGAUGGGUCUGAAGUGUUAGAAGAUAUAGAAAGUAGGACUUCAUGUGGUGAAAGGGUUGAUGAAUACAUGGCUAAUUGUGACUUUGGCAACAGGAGAGUUAAUGACUAUGAUCAGGAUUUUGAAAUCUUCCACAAGGCACUUGCUGGUGGGGUUGUUCCUCCUUUUGCAUCGUCAGGCUCUGCAUGUGAAACUCAUCUGCCUGCUCGAGAAUUUGGAUGGGAUAGAUUGAGGAAGAAAUUCUCUAGUGGUAUUAUGAAGGGAUUUCUCUUGUCACCUCUUGUUUGUCGAUCCAAUCAUGGAAGUGUACAAAAUACUCACUCUCAACAUGUUGCAGACGAACCUGUUUCUCCCACUGCUCACUUGCUGAAGUCUACCCAGUCUACCUCGGAACAUAAUUUAUCAAAAUCAACCUUACCUGAUAUAGGUGGUAUUGAACGGUUAGGACAGUAUGUUCGUCAUGCUGAUUCUUCAUUUCCAUCACCUAGUCCUUGUAGCUCACCAGACUCGUUGUCUCCUUAUCCAGACAACAGUCCCGUUUUUAAUUCAAAGUCCCCUUCUCUUUCCCCUUCAGCUUCAGACUACUCCAGCCCUUUUACCUUUUCACCCUCCUCUUCAAUUUGGUCAGACUCAUCCAACCUUUCUUCACAACCUUCUCCUUCGGAGUUGGAAUUUUCUGAUCAAGUAUGUACUAGGAAUCCAGCUUCUAUUGAAACCAAUUGUGUACUUUCGAAAGGGACUUCAAAAUCAUGUAUGGAUGCCUUUUCUGCUAUAAAUGGUUGGAAAUCACUAAGUCUGUGUUCCUCUUGUAAAGGAACUUCUCCUUCAAUUGCUGAACGCCGAGGUAGUCAUCCGCCGACACUGAUGUUUCUUUCAACAGCUGAUCCAUCUAAUGCUACAAGCACCUUGGUUAGAUCAUGUUCCUUUUCUCUUCCUGACUUGGGUGAUGCGAUGAAAAGUGAAGUUGGGAAUGUGGGCCUGGAGACUGCUGAAGUAAAUACCGAGGAACUGAUGUCCGAUGCUGAUCAGUAGAGCAGGCAGAACAUGGAAAUUUUCAUAGAACGUCUAAUCUCAGAUUGUAAUUUGAAGCUCCUACAGUCCUACUUCACCAAAUGCGGCGAUAGUAGAAGUUCGGGCAUCCCGGGCAGUGCCAAGACCUUACUCUCUGCUUGUGAGAUGUUAGGGGAAACUUGAAUUAUAUUAAUCUUGAAGAACAUAUAUAUAAAUAUAUAUGUAUGUACAUAAGUCAUACCUUCAUGUUGUAUACUGAAACUACUAGCAAAUUAGAGCCACAAAGUACAAUAAGAGAACAUUUUUUGCUUUGGUAGGGAUGUAAAAUCAUGAGCACGCAAGGUGCUUGUAUUUCCAAAUUCUAAAGGAUAUGCCAUUUUGGCAUAAAUAGCACGUAGGUUUAAUUGUACCAUAAUAUAAAUACUAUACUAUAGUGGUCCAAUUUUGCGUAA